GUCAAAAACACGCAUUUCCGGUUGCCCGGAAUGGGAACCUACCAGAUUGUUUUUGAUAAGAACCAAUGAAAUAAACCAAAUUUAGACAGUUUACUGAGUGCUUUGAUUAUCUACGCAAUGUCUUACAAGAAAGAAACCCCUUCAGAUCAACAGCUUCACCUUGCUGCACUUCAGGGUAACUUGGAGAAGCUAAAAAGAGUAUUAGACAGUGGUAAAGUUCAUGUGGAUUGUAAAGACAAGGAAGGAACAACCCCAUUGAUAUUGGCAGCGGCUAAUAAUCACUUAGACUGUGUUAAAGAAUUACUGAAGCAGGGAGCAGAUCCAAAUUCCAGGAGACUGACUGGAACCUGUGCACUGUUUUUUGCUGCUCAAGGUGGAUUUUUAGAUAUUGUUAAAUUAUUAUUAGACAGUGGAGCAUCAGUAGAUUUAGCCAGUUAUGAUGGAGGUACACCAUUGUUUGUUUCCUGUCAGUGUAAUCACCAGGAAGUUGUUGAUGCAUUAUUGAAUAGAGGGGCAGAUCUUCAUGCUCAGAUGGUCGAUGGUGCCACGGCCCUCUUUAUAACAGCUCAGAAUGGUCAUGUACGAUUAAUGAAAUACCUCAUCUCCAAAGGUGCUGAAGUUAAUUUAUCUAGACAGGAUCAAGCCUCACCGUUAUGGAUUGCCUCCCAAAUGGGACAUACACAGGUUGUUAAAGAAUUAUUAACAUUAGGUGCCAAAGUUGAUGCCAUUAGAGAGGAUGGAGCCACUCCUCUGUUUAAAGCUUGCCAUAAAGGUCAUUUAGAGGUUGCAGAGCAAUUACUAAAAUAUAAACCAGAACUAGGAAUACUAAAGAAUGGAGAAACCCCACUGCAUGCAGCUGCCUUAUUUGGUCAUCUCAAAGUAAUCAAAUUACUUAUGUCAUAUAAUGUAGACACAAAAAUCAAAAAUAAGGAAGGAAGAACUGCUGCAGAGCUUGCCAGAGAAGCUGGAAAUGAACAUAUAACCAAAUUUAUAGAAAGUUACCAAACAAGUACAGACAGACGUAACAGCAUUCCUAAUGGUACAUCCACUCCCUCACCAACGUGAUGGGCUGAUGCAUAAUAAUUCCAAAGCUUCAGAAACAAUGUAUACUAUCAAUGUGUAAUAUUAUUUACACUGCUGAAGUGAUAUUGCCUAUACAUUCAAUGUGAAAUAUUAUUACACUGCCGAAGUGUAACUGCCUAUACAUUCAAUGUGUAAUAUUAUUUACGCUGCCAAAUUGUUAUUGCCUAUAAAUUGUGAUUUAUACAGAAUUUAAUGCCAGUAUUGAAUUUUAAUUUGCUGGUUGGUAUAAUAAGUCAUGUAAUUUGUUUUUACAACAAAGUAUUUCUGUUUGAAAGCACCAAUUUUGUUGGUAUAUAUGGUUCAAAUUUAUCAUUAUGAAUUUCUAGAUAUGUAGAUCAUUUCUUGGUACCUUAUAAAAGCAUUUAAGUAAGGACUUAGGGAAGAAAAUUUAAACAUUAAAACAUAUGAUAAAGCAGUAUUAAUGUUUGUUCAAAUUUUUAUUGGAAAAUAUUUUAUUUACCCUACACAAUAUCUUAUUGAGUAUAAGUAUCCUUUCAAAUUUAUCUUGUAAGUGUCUGUUAUUAUAUAGUAAUCCAUACUUGUUAUUACCUCAAAGUGAAAGAUUAAGAAUUCAAUUUUAAGAUGAUAUUUGUUUACAUGUUUUUUACAAUGUUUAUUGUUACAAACUUAAAAAUACACUCUACUCUACACUCUCAUCCAUUUUUAAUUGAAAAGCUGUUCGUUUGAACUCCUAAAAAUAAUUGCCUUUAAAUCCUUUUCUGCAUUCAAUCAUAGUUUGUCCCCAGUUUUGAUGCAUCUAGGAAGAGGUUAAAUACAAGGAAUUUAGGAGUUAUUAAAUAUAAACCCUAUUAAAGGCUAAAAAAAAAUUUUUAAAGUUAUUUUUUUUUAUGAAGAAAAACUUAUCUUAACUAAAAUAGCUAUCUAUGCAGAUGUUGCAUACAGUAAUGUUAUGUUUAUUGGUUAUGUUAUUUUGUCAAGUAUAUGAUACUCAUUUGAAACCCUAUAUUUUAUAUAAAGUAAAAUAUGAAUACUGAAGAUUCAUUUAUUUUUCGUGGGUACCAAUUUUCAUAGAUUGAUGAAAAUUGUAUUUUUGUGGAUAUUUGAUUUCAUAGUUUUGCCAAUGUCUGCAUUAAAGCCUAUAGACAAUGUGUGCUUCAUUGAAAAUUUUAAAUCCUUGUUCAUCUUUACCCAAAUAAUCCACAAAAUCCACCAGGAAUAAUAAUAAAUCCACAGUAUUGAAUUUUGUGAUAAAUAGUUUGUACGAAGGCAUAACUGGGAGAGACAGUUUAAAUAAGAAUUUUGAAGUUUUCUAACAUGCUGAAUUAAUUGAUAAGUGCUAUCUAUUAUGGUGCAAAGAGUUUUUCAGUGUGAUUUUCGUAACUUUUAAGUGCUGAUUUCAUACAUUUUUGUUGCAAUAUCAUGUUGGAAGAAAUACAAUCACAUUAGUUUCUAGUGCUUUAGACUUAAGAUUAACAAAACUAUUAUAGCCAUGAUAUUUUUGUGAGGAUUCCGAAAUUAAAAACAGUCAUGAAGAUAUAUUAAACAGAUUAAAAAACAAAUCAAACAUAAUUUUUCUUACCAGCUUUUGAAAAAAAUUGUUAGUUUGCAGUUAAUUUUAAAAUACAUUCAGCUGCUUCAGAUAAAAAAUUGAAAUCUUUCAAGCACUUGUGUAUGUAGUCUGAAGGAGUGCUUGUUUUUUUUUUUUAAUUUCCUAAAUGCUUAGUUUUGAAUAAAUUGAACCUAAUCAUUUAACCCUUGUCCCAAAAUAUAUGAAUUAUGGUAAAAUUUAAACAAAAUUGGGCACAAAAUAUUAGCCAACGAAUAUUUAACCAGUAUUGUAGAUGUUAUUAGGUUGUUAGAAUAGAUUAUUUCUAUACUAGUAGUAAAUAAAGUGGUUUCAGCAUAUUUAUUAGUGAUAGACUAUGUUUUAUUUAUAUGUAGAAAAUUUGUAUAUUUAUUUACAUGAAUUAUGUAUGUGAUAGAGUUUAAGUUGAUGUAUGAUAAUUAAUCUAUGCAUAUUGCAUUAGAAUAAUAUACAACAGUUAUUAAAGUGUGUGGUAUACUUCUUUGAAAUAAUCAGUUACCAGUAUACUUUUGCACUAUGAAUUAUUAUUGCACCCUUAUUGAUUUUUUUUUAUGCAGCUAACAGAUAUUGUUUUAUAAUUGUUUUGAAAUUAGAAAAAAUGAAAUAGAUAUAGAUAGAGGAUUAAAUCUCAAAGUUGAUUAAAUAAUAUAUGACCUAUUUAUAGUUCUUUAAAGUUGAUACAAGUAUUUGCAUGAAAGACUUGUGCAUUUUACAUUUGGUAUAAAGAUUUAAUGAACACAAUGUUUGAUAUUAAAAGUAAUGAUGCAAGUUUAUUUCCUUUUUUCUUUGGAUAUAAAAUUAUGUUACCAAAACAAACAGAUUUUUUAAAUGAAUUGUUUUAAUUCCAACUUUGUUUUUAAAAAAGUAAAAUUUAAGAUGAAUACCUUAGUCUUUACUAAUUUCCAAAUAGGUCAAUUUAAAUAGAACAAUAACUUUGUUCAUUACAACUUUCCUCUAUCUUUUAGACUUUCGAAAUAAUUUCGCAUAUUUUAUAUUUCUAAUAAAAAUAAUUAGUUUAUCUUUCAAAGUUCUUAUGAAAUUUAUUAAACUUCUGUUUGACAAUUUGAUAAAAUAAACUAUGAUGAAAUCUGAAAAGAAACUAGCGUGUUGACAUGUAAAGUUUGUCAAGUAAAUCACCUACACAUACAGGGUAUUUCAAGGUAACAAUUUCAAAUGUUAAACUUUCUAACAAGAUGGUUGAAUAAGUAGAACUGAAACUAGACCAUUGAUAUUUGGUAUGCUAAGACAUAAGCAUAUAUCUUAUUCAUGUGACUUUUGAAUUUUUGCUAUUUUUAAAUGUCAUAUUUCCUGAUUAAGUGUGUUUAUAAAGAAUAAAUUAUGCUAAAACAUUGAUAUUUGAUGUACUGUUGUGUAAGCAUCCUAAUAUUUCAGUUUCAAAUAGGAUGUCAGGCUUGCUCCUUAGUUAUGCUUCAAUGACUUUGGAUUUUUGCUUUGUUCAAAACGUUCAGUCAUUUUUUUUUCAUUUUUUGUGGCUGCAAAGUGUUGAUGCAUACCUCUUUGACAACAGUUAUUUUUUCUGAGUGUUGAAAAAUUUUUUGACUUUGAAAAAUAAUCACAGUCAUAUUAUCCUUAAUGUGUAACAAAUAUCUUUGGUAUGUGGUUAAAAAAGGUAUGACAGAUAUUACAAUUACUAGUUCAAAGUAUCAGAUGAUGUGUUGAAAUUAAGUCCCUGUUUUGUAUGGUAUUUUCAAUCAAAUAUUUGUAUCCCACCACUUUCUAUAUUUUUAUAAUUUAUUUAAUGGCAUAUCAGGUUGUGCAAUGAAGUGUAUGUGUGUGAUUUUUUAAUUGAUUCAGAGAUGUAUUAAUAAUGUGAUAAUCUUGUGACAUCUUUUUUUUUAUCUCUCUUUUGAAUGACAAAAAUUAAUGGCCAAUUCAAAAUUGUAACCAAUUGAAAUUGGACUGGAUGUAAAAUAUGAAAAAAAAGAUACCAAAUAACUUUCUUACUUUCUAAAAAUAAACUGUCAAUAAUCUUAGGAUAAAACAAAUUGAGAAUCGGUUAAGGCAAAUAUGAUUUUCUCUUGGUGUUACAGACUAUUGGAAGUGACAGUACUGUAGGAUAAUCCAUAAACUUUAAAAAAGAGUUGUAAUGACAUAUUUGAUUUUGAUGGCAAAGUUAAAAUUCUUCAAUCUUUUAUGAACAGGGUUUACAAUUUUGUGAUUUAAGUGUAUAUUGCGCAUGUUUUUUUGUGUUAUGCUAACUUAAAAAAAUAUAUAAAAUAUGUACAUAGAUAUAUAUUUGUUUCCAAGUUUUUGUAAUUUUAUUAAGAAAAAAUAUUUUGUUUCACUGAUAAAAGUUUCUAGCAUAUUUUUUUUCUCUUUAUGUAGAUACAAUUAUUGUUUGUACUUACAUAGCUAACCUUUGCUUCUUAUGUUUAGUUCAGUUUUAUCAUAGGGCUAAAAGACAUGUAGUUUUUGUAUAAUUUUGGUUUUGGUGCUUAUAUUAUGAAUAAAAGUGAGAUGAUGAGUAUGGGUCAAUUAGUAUUCCAAAUUCACCCCUCUAAAAGAAUCAGAAUAGACAUUUAGAGGUCACCAAAAGGUCAUUAAGGAUAGGUAUAUGCCAAGCACUGAAUCAUCCAAGUCCUAAUAAGUUGUAGAUAAAUUUAACUGAUACUACAAAAGUCUGUACUGAGAAUAUGCAUAUUACCAAGAUAUACAAAAGUCCAUACUGAGAAUAUGCAUAUUACGAAGAUAGGGGUAAAGGAUUUUAUUUUAAUUUUUUUUAAAAUGUCUACAUAUUUUUAAUUCACAUCAAGACAUAAAAAAAUAACAAAGUAAUGGUAUAAUAAGAUUUCUCUUAGGUUAUAGUAGGUAUAUAAUUGGUGUAAAUUUAAUUUGACAAAUCACUAUCUUUUAUAGUUAAAGAGGUUGUAUUUAGCACUGAGUAUCAUUGUAUCAUUUUUCAUUUACAUUUUAAAGAAUGUAUGUUUACUGCAUACAUAGGAUAUUACAUUGCACUCUGAUAACUGCAGUUAGUAACUGUAUUGCAUAUAGUGUAUGUGUGUUAUAUAUUUUGCAUUUAUCAUGGUGCUAAUAUCAUUAACUUGUGUUUGUGUGUCUGUGUUGAUAAUAACUGACUUUGGUAACUUUUAACUUACUAAACUUCACACCAGUGCCAAGUCUUAUUCACUGCCUUCUUAAGUGCUUAAAGUGACAUAUCUUUCAAUGAAUUUUUCAUUCCAUGGUGAUCUAGAAUUUUUAUACGACCGCAAAAAAAUUUUUGUGGUCGUAUAUUGGUAUGACGUUGGCGUCAUCGUCGUCCUCGUCUUCGUCCGGCAUUGUCGUCGUCGUCCGAAGACACAUUGGUUUUCGCACUCUAACUUUAGUUUAAGUGAAUGGAUCUCUAUGAAAUUUUACCAUAAGGUUCAAUACCACAAAAGGAAGGUUAGGAUUGAUUUUGGGGGUUAUGGUACCAACAGUUAAGGAAUUAGGGGCCCAAAAGGGCCAAGAUAUACAAAAGUCCAUACUGAGAAUAUGCAUAUUACAAAGAUAGGGGAAAGGGAUUUUAUUUUAAUUUUUCAAGGGCCAAAAAUAAGCAUUUUUGUAACUUCCAGACAUAACUUGUGUGUUAGUGUAUGGAUCUCUCUGACAUUGUACCACAAGGUUCCAUAUCACAAAGGGAAUGCUGGAAUUGAUUUUGGGGGUAAUUGCCUCAAAACUUUAGGAAUUAGGGGUAAAAAAAGGGGCAAAAAACAAGCAUUUUUCUAGUUUCAUGACAAUAACUUGUGUGUCAGUGUAUGUAUCUUUCUGAAAUUGUACUACAAGGUUUCAUAUCACAAAGGGAAAACUGGAAUUGAGUUUGGGGGUAAUUGCCCAAAACGUUUAGGAAUAAGGGGCCAAAAAUAAGCAUUUUUCUAGUUUCCAGACAAUAACUUGUGUUCAAGUGUAUGGAUCUCUCUGAAAUUGUACUGCAAGGUACCAUGCCACAAUGGGAAGGCUGGGAUUGAUUUUGGGGGUAAUUGCCUCAAAUUUUAGGAAUUAGGGGCAAAAAAGGGGCAAAAAACAAGCAUUUUUAUACGACCGCAAAAAAAUUUUUGUGGUCGUAUAUUGGUAUGACGUUGGCGUCGUCGUCGUCGUCGUCGUCGUCCAGCGUCAUCCGGCGUCGUCCGAAGACACAUUGGUUUUCGCACUCUAACUUUAGUUUAAGUGAAUGGAUCCUUAUGAAAUUUUACCACAAGGUUCAAUACCACAAAAGGAAGGUUGGGAUUGAUUUUGGGGGUUAUGGUAAUAACAGUAAAGGAAUUAGGGGCCAAAAAGGGGCCAAAAAUAAGCAUUUUUGUAACUUCCAGACAUAACUUGUGUGUUAGUGUAUGGAUCUCUCUGACAUUGUACCACAAGGUUCCAUAUCACUAAAGGAAUGCUGGGAUUGAUUUUGGGGGUAAUUGCCUCCAAAUUUUAGGAAUUAGGGGCCAAAAAAGGGGCAAAAAACAAGCAUUUUUCUAGUUUCAUGACAAUAACUUGUGUGUAAGUGUAUGGAUCUUUCUGAAAUUGUACUACAAGGUUCCAUAUCACAAAGGGAAAGCUGGGUUUGAGUUUGGGGGUAAUUGCCCUAAACAUUUAGGAAUUUGGGGCCAAAAAGGGUUCAAAAAACACAUUUUUUUCUAGUUUCCAGACAAUAACUUGUGUUCAAGUGUAUGGAUCUCUCUGAAAUUGUACUGCAAGGUACCAUACCACAAAGGGAAGGCUGGGAUUGAGUUUGGGGGUGAUGAAUCAUAAUGGGGGUUCAAAAAAUUUUGGGGGGGGAUUUAUUUUUUUUUCCUUUUUUUUCUUUUUUUCCUUUUUUGUUUCUUUUAAAAUUUUCCAUUUUAAGUUGGUUAUUUCUGAUUUAUAUUUAAAAUCAAAUAAUAAUGAUAUGGUAGGAGAUACACACCAAACAGGAUGUGUAAAUUAUUAUAUAAUAAGUAUUGUGCAAUAGCAAGAAAUUUUCAAUUGCACAGUAUUGCACAAUAGCAAGAAAUCUUCAAUUGCACAGUAUUGCGCAAUAGCAAGAAAUCUUCAAUUGCACAGUAUUGCGCAAUAGCAAGAAAUAUCCAAUAGCACAAUAUUGCGCAAUAGCAAGAAAUUGUCAAUUGUACAGUAUUGCGCAAUAGCAAGAAAUAUUUAAUAGCACAGGAUUGUGCAAAAGAAGAUACUUCCUAUAAAUUGCUUAUUUCUUGACCAAUUUCAAUGGGGUUUUAUUCUUGAUUUCAUGGGGUUCUUUAAUAUGCUGAAUCUAACCGUGUAUUUAGUUUUUGGAUUUUGGGCCCCGUUUUUAAAUUGGUCCACAUUGAGGUCCAAAGGGUCCAAAAUUAAACUUUGUUUGAUUUCAUCAAAAAUUGAAUUAUUGGGGUUCUUUGAUAUGCCGAAUCUAACUGUGUAUUUAGAUUCUUAAAUUUUGGUUCUGUUUUCAAAUUGGUCUACAUUAAGGUCCAAAGGGUCCAAAAUUAAACUUAGUUUGAUUUUAACAAAAAUUGAAUUCUUAGGGUUCUUUGAUAUGCUGAAUCUAAACAUGUAUUUAGAUUUUUGAUUAUGGGCCCAGUUUUCAAGUUGGUCCAAAUCGGGGUCCAAAAUUAAACUUUGUUUGAUUUCAACAAAAAUUGAAUAUAUGGGGUUCUUUGAUAUGCUGAAUCUAACCAUGUAUUUAGAUUUUUGAUUUUUUGGCCCCGUUAUCAACUUUGUCCACAUUGAGGUCAAAAGGGUCCAAAAUUAAACUUUGUUUGAUUUCAUCAAAAAUUGAAUUCUUGGGGUUCUUUGAUAUGCUGAAUCUAACCAUGUAUUUAGAUUUUGGAUAUUGGACCAUAAUAGGUGAAUGUCCAAUUUAAAAUUUUUAAGUUCUUAGACCACAUUCAAUCUGUGUUAGAAACCUAUGCUGUGUCAAAUAUUUAAUCACAAUCCAAAUCCAAAGCUGUAUCAAGCUUGAAUGUUGUGUCCAUACUUCCCCCAACUGUUCAGGGUUCGACCUCUGCGGUCGUAUCAAGCUGCGCCCUGCGGAGCAUUUUAUUCUAGUUUCAGGACAAUAACUUGUGUUCAAGUGUAUGGAUCUUUAUGAAAUUGUACUGCAAGGUACCAUACCACAAAGGGAAGGCUGGGAUUGAUUUUGGGGGUAAUUGCCUCAAAAUUUUAGGAAUUAGGGGCCAAAAAGGGGCCUAAAAACAAGCAUUUUUCUAGUUUCCAGACAAUAACUUGUGUUCAAGUGUAUGGAUCUCUCUGAAAUUGUACUGCAAGGUACCAUACCACAAAGGGAAGGCUGGGAUUGAGUUUGGGGGUGAUGAAUCAUAAGGGGGUUCAAAAAAAUUGGGGGGGGGGGAUAUUUUUUCCCUUUCUUUUCCUUUUUUUUUCUUUAAAAUUUUCCAUUUUAAAUUGGUUAUUUCUGAUUUAUAUAUAAAAGCAAAUAAUAAUGAUAUGGUUUGAAUAGGUAAAUUAAAAAAUUUUAAGUUCUUAGACCACAUUCAUUCUGUGUCAGAAACCUAUGCUGUGUCACAUAUUUAAUCACAAUCCAAAUUCAGUGCUGUAUCAAGCUUGAUCCAUACUUGCCCCAACUGUUCAGGGUUCGACCUCUGCGGUCGUAUCAAGCUGCGCCCAGCGGAGCAUUUUAUUUUAUUUAAGAUGUAAAAUUUCAAAGUUGGUAUCAGUACAGAUAGGUUGAUGGUCAUGAAUCUCAAUUUUCUCAUAAAAAUGUCUCAGCAUUAGUAUUAUAUAAAUAGAUAAACUAAAAAAAUAUAGAGUGUUAAUAUAUGCAGGGUCUCUACUUUAUAAAAAAUUUCAAAAUGAUUCAUUUUUUUAUGAUAAAUGGUCAUUCAGUUGACUUAAACCAUGACACAUAUUGAAUUGAUUACUUAUACUAGUAUUGAUGAAGUUUCCUUUAAACAAAAUACAGUAAUGUACAAUAAAAUGACAAACAGUAAAUGUUGUACGUGUACAAUUGAAAUAAAUAUUGUACAUGUACAAUUGAAAUAAAUGCUGUAAAUGUACUAUGAAAUACACGUUGUACAUGUACAAUUGAAAUAAAUGUUGAACAUAUACAAUGGAAAUAAAUGUUGAACAUGUACAAUUGAAAUAAAUGUUGAACAUGUACCAUUGAAAUAAAUAUUAAACAUGUACAAUUGAAAUAAAUGCAAUGAAUCUUGUAUUUAUAAUUGAUAAAGAUUGCUCAGAACUCACAAUCACAGUUCCUUUGUUUUUGAUAUAUUUUUUCAAUAUUUACGAGGCUUUGGUGUAUAUACACCAGUUGAUAUGUGAUGAAACACUUUGGUAUAUUGUUGGUGCUGUUAUAAGAGAAUUUACUGCAUUUUUAUUUCAUGUUAUUUUAAUGCAGCAUUAUCCCUUUAAUGUGACAAAAAAAUUCAGUACUUGAGAAAUUGUCAACGUCCUUCAUUAAACUUUUUCUGGAGAGAGCAUAAUAAGGGUCAGUGUAACCUUUUUUCAUCACUGGUCAGUUGGUGUUGAUUAAGUCUGUCAAUCUACUUCAGUGUUAACAUUAAAUUUCUGGGGAGAAUACUAAUCCUGUCUGAUAUCUGACACUUUGAUAUUGUAUAUUAAAAAAAUUGUUGGAAAAUAUAUUUUUUCUUCUCUGCCUUGUUAUUGCAGUCUUAACUUGACAAGAAUAUUUUUAAUAUUUUGCUGUAAGAUAUUUUUUAUGGAAUUCAAAUGUAUGCAUAAAGACCAUCUUACUGAUGAGUGCUCCUUGGAUUUUCUAGUUUUUGAUCAGUUGUCAUAUAGGAUAAUGAAUGAAAAAAAUCUUCUUUAUGUAAAAAAAUGUUCUUUUCCCCUAUAAAUUUGUUUCUUUUAACUCAUUCUGUAAAGUAUUGUUAAGUGUAUUACUCCAACAUUGAUGAUUAAAAGCAACAAAAUGUUUCUGUGUAGCUUGUACAAUUAAUAGUUUAUUUAUGACACUGUAUAUGUAUUUAAAUUAUUUUUGCAGUUCAACUGAAAAUAUGUUCAGGAGUCGUACAUAGAAACUUUCUGUAGAAUAAAGAAACCAGGAUUGUUAAUGACAUGUAUGUAUGAUGUACUGAAAUUUGUUGCUUAGUCUUUCUGCAAGUUUCUAUAUACAACAAUAAAGUAUCUAAAAGCAUUA